GUAAGUUAAUAUCCCUCACCGUUCUUUUUUAUGUCACGGGCCAGCCAUACCAGCAGAUUGACCUUUAAUGGAUCUUGAUUUAUGAACAUUUCUUACGUCUUUUGAAUUUUAUGAUUAUUUGAAAGAGAAGGGCUUAGCCUUGGACUACAGAAGCUGUGAUAAUUAAAAGAAUCAAAUCUAAUGCGACGCAAACAACGAAAACUAUAGAAAUUCCAUGAAAUAUGAUAAGCUUACUCAAAGAAAACAUUUUCUCCCACUAGCCCAGUUUUGACUGAGAUCACGACAUUGAAACUUCCGGAACUUGUUUACUUUAUUAUAGAAAUCGAUUCAAUUUUAAACUUGUCCACGAGUGUUCUAAAAGAAUGGUUCUUUUGCAAGUUCUCGUGAUCGUUCUCAGCUUUGGCUCUAUUUUUGCACGACACCAAGUGACUCACGUGCGAGGAGACAGCCGAAGAAAUGAGGCAAUUAUCUGGUGCUACGUUACAGCAAAACCCCCCAUGAAACUCUCCUGGAAAUCGAAUAACCAUAAGAUUCUGUCCGUUAGCGUUGUGGUGGGGCUUCUUGAGGUGGAUAGUGAGUGGAAAAUAGUUCAAGGAGGCAAAUUGCAUUCACAGAAGGACUUUGUCAAGACACCAGGACAGUACUAUGGGAUGCUCAAGAGAAGACAAAAUGACUAUGCUUUUGCUCUUGUGAUCCCUACUUCAGCCCCGGCCCUCCGAAGGAGUGGGAAUUUUAUUUGUGAAGUGGGAAAUUCUCCUCCAGUGUCCAACAAAACUCUUGCAUUGGGAUUUCCACCAACCCUUGUUCCAGAAAGGCUAUUUCAAGCCAACAAUUCGGAAAAAUAUGUUCUGGAGGGUAGCGAUUAUGAAUUAAAUUGUCCCUUUGAGGGAGAUCCAGUUCCAGAAAUAUCCUGGAUAACUCCAAACAAUGUUAAGAAGGGAAUUGAAUUUGAUGAAAGUGAGCAGAAGAUUAAAAUUUCAUCUAUAAAACGUCACCAAUUGGGAAAUUACGAAUGUCUAGCUGGAAAUAUUCAUGGGAAGGAUAAAAUGAGAUAUUCUAUUAAGCUUGGAGAAGCUCCUAAACUCCUGGACACCAGCAAAUACGAAAAUGUCCUUGAGAGUUUUGUUGAAUAUCUGGUAGCUCCUCAGACUAAGAAAAUAACUCUUAAUUGCCCAGUUUCCGGAAAACCACAACCCAAAGUCUGUUGGUAUCGCAGGGAUACCAAGCGACUUAAAGCAACUUCCCAGAGCAUAAGGAUACGAGCCCCUAAAAACAGGAAUUCUACAUUUUUUUCCUGCUUUGCUGCAAAUCAAUUUGGACAUACAGAAAAGAUGUUCUACGUCUUUAAAGAAGGACAAAUACCAGUAUUUAAGAAUGCAGAUGUUAAGAGGGAUGUAUCAGUUAUGGUUGGAGACAAGAUCCUCCUGGAUUGCUCAACCUUUGGUGUUCCAGUUCCGGAAGUAUUCUGGUUUAAGGAUGGCCAAAUAUUGAAGCAGAAGGAAGAUCUACUGAAGAUUUACCCAGCCACGAAGACUGAUACCGGAACGUACCGGUGCAAAGGAGGAAAUCAACACGGAUAUUUUUCCAGGACAUUUCAUGUGAUCGUGAAGAGACUUUAAAACUCAAAUAUUCUUUUCAGAUUACCUUCUUUUUGAUUCUCCACUUGGUGUACCCAUUCCCUGGAAUCACUUUUUCACAAAUCAUGCUCAAAUUUUGCAAAAACUUACUGAAUAAAAAUAAAAAAUCAAUGAACAGUCGAUUGAUGCAAAAAACAAACUGAAGCGCGCAAACAUCGCCAAUUUGGCGGAAAGAUCCCAGUGGACCAUACAACCUCGUCUACAAAUAGGUACUUAUUUAGUACCCCGUACAAAUAUUAUAAGAAUUAAGAAAAUUAAAUAAAAAAUAUAAAUCGCAA